CUUGAGUUGGGUGGGUUGCGCGUGGGGCUGGAUUCAAAACACCAAUGGGCUGUGUAUGCAUCGGGCAGGCCUCCAACCUGAAUGACAACAGCUUUGGUUGCCAUCAGCAUACACACACCACUUCAACCCGAUCAAGCUCGAUAUACCUGAACGAAGAAGUCGACGAGUGGUUUUCGAUCACCAAGCAUGGCCCAGAUACUAAAUUCAUUGGGACGACUCACAGGACCUUUAGUUGCUGGCGCCCUAGUAGCACAGGCGUCGAUCUACGAUGUCCCUGGAGGAAACAGGGCUGUUCUUUUCGAUCGGUUCACAGGGGUUAAAGACAAGGCCGUCAAUGAAGGAACCCAUUUCCUAAUCCCUUGGGUCCAGCGUGCGAUCCUAUACGAUGUCCGAAUUAAGCCUCGCAACAUUGCCACCACCACAGGUUCAAAGGAUCUGCAAACUGUCAGUCUGACGUUACGUGUGAUGAGUCGUCCGGAUGUCUCAAAACUAUCACAGAUUUACCAAAACCUGGGCCAAGAUUACGACGAAAGGGUCUUGCCAUCGAUCGGGAAUGAAGUCUUGAAGGCGAUCGUAGCUCAAUUUGAUGCAGCCGAGCUCAUCACUCAGCGAGAAAUUGUGUCAGGCCGAAUCCGAGAGGAUUUGCUAAAACGGGCCUCCGACUUCAAUAUCGUACUAGAGGAUGUUUCGAUUACUCACAUGACCUUUGGGAAAGAGUUUACACACGCAGUUGAGGCUAAGCAGAUCGCUCAACAGGAAGCUGAACGAGCCAAGUUUAUCGUCGAACGCUCCGAACAAGAACGACAGGCUAGUGUCAUUCGGGCUGAAGGAGAGGCCGAAGCAGCUGCAACUAUCUCCAAAGCCUUAGACCGGGCUGGUGAAGGCCUAGUCCAAUUCCGAAAGAUUGAGGCUGCAAAAGAAAUCGCGACAACCUUGAGCAAAGGUCAAGGAGUACAAUACAUCCCAUCGGGAGGUAACAACGGGAGUGGGAUUCUACUCAAUAUUGAUACCCACAAAUGAUUUCGAAACUAAAUAAUAACAAGAACAACUUAUAUAAAUAGAUAUAAGCUACAUAUACAAAGCUCAGGUCUCCUGACUUUAUUUUGCCUCAUCAUACCUUUGUAUCUACUUGUUUGCUAUCACCCGGUCGCACACGGUUUGUCAUUCCCCAAUGUGAUUGGUUUCGAUCACUCAAAAUGGCACAUUAAGCCCACGUGACCAAUUCUCACCAUUUUGACUCUCCACAAGCUACGACUUAUCUGGACAACCAAGGCACUUCAUGUAACAGGCUUGAAGAUGGAUAAUUACUUCAAUCAAUCCUCAUGUUCCACAUUUCCUCCUCGUAAACGAUCCAAGCACUUCAAGUUUGAAUAGAUUGUUUAUAGAGUCUUUUGUUUUGGCUGGAUGGCGCAUUGUUUCAAAACCACUAUUGUUUUGAUUGCCCAACAUGCUCAGGUUUUCUGAGAUGGAGCUCAUUCA